AUGGAAAAAUCCCUUUCACCUAAUAUUGCAACAGCACAAUCUUCGUCUCUAAUUAGAGAUGAAAAAGACAAAGAAAAAGGUGUUGAACAAAUUUGUCAAUGGAUUUUAGAAUUGGGAGAUCAUGAUAAACGAGAGAAUGCUUUGCUACAAAUUAGCAAAUGUCGGGAGUCAAUAGAAGAUCUAGCUGUUUGGCUUUGGUAUUCAUAUGGGACUGUGAGGUCUGUUUUUAUUUAA